UUGAAUCCCAGGAGUUAACGGUAGCAUGUGUCCAUGUGCAAGGAGUAACACCGAAGUUGAGGAAGGAAGAAAGAAAGCCUCACGAGAAAAGACUGCAGGAGGACAGCCUGAGAUCACAACUGGAUGCCACAUCAUGUUGCAGAGCACAGCUGCCAUUGCACUGCUGCUUUGCGUGCAGUCUCUGCAUGGCUCCGCUCUCCCUGCCGUGUCGUCCUAUGAGUUCACUGCCUAUAGGAUGCAACAGUACAACCUGGGACAGCAUAAGUAUGGCUGUCGUGGAGCCAUUGUUGUUGCGGAGGCACGCUCAGCAGAAGAGCCGUCGCUAACCCGCCGCUGUGUGAUAAUGAAGGUGGAAGACUUCACAACAGAAAAAUACUCCGAGGCCCAGCGACAAAAUGCAGCUGCCAUCCUGAUCCUGCUGCCCCAAAAUAUCUCCAGUAUCCCUCACAAUGCAGUAGAGUCAUUUAUGGUAAGUGAAAGCGAGACCUUGCAGAAGGAGACCCUCAUGCCAGUGUAUGUGGCACCUGAGGAUGAACAGCUGCUCUGCAUGUAUGAGGAGGUGAAACAGGCUGCAGCCACCCGGACAUCAUCCAUUUUUGUCAGAGUCCUCCGCAGUAUGGUCACGGCUACAGCUUUUCAGAUUUUAGUGAUCAACAAUGCCCCAAUUAAGGCCACCACUGACAAUGCUAUAAUCACACUGGAGGGAGUUCUUCUAGGAGCAGUAGAGGAUGCACCCACUAUAGUCAUCGCAGCCCACUAUGACUCUUUUGGGCUUGCCCCUUGGCUGUCUUAUGGAGCAGACUCAAAUGCCGGUGGUGUCACAAUCCUAAUUGAGUUGGCCCGUCUCUUCCAAAAACUCUACAGUAGUCCCAGAACCAGACCACACGAAGGCAAAGUCGAUAAAUGUCUCUACAAAGCAGAUGAACACGCAGCAAUUCCAAUGAAUUUUCCCGCUGUGCCUGUUGUUGAACAAGAUAAUAUGCUGCUGGAAAAAGAUACUAUCAAUCUUGUGGAGUCUACUGUAGCCUGGGAGCAUGAGCGCUACAGCCUACGCAGGAUCCUGGGCUUCACUCUGUCUCAUCUGGAAGAUCCUAAAUCUGAACUUCGUGGCUCUAUGCUAGACAUCAUGUCAAAAGUGGAUUUCCGGAAACUUAAGCGAAAUGGCAUCAUCAUAGCAGAAGCGCUGGCCCGCUACAUGUACAAUCUCUCUGACAAGGGUUCACCAAAGGAUGUGCAAGUUUUCAAGGGCCAGCUGGACAUUCAGGACAGUCGUAUCUCCAGUUUGAUGUCUUUCCUGACAUCAGUCCCUCGGGCUACUCAGCUGCUGGAUAAGGAACCCAGUCAUAUCUUGCUGGUCAACUCACUGGAGCACGAAUUCAAGCGCUAUCUGCAGCAAGUCCACAGACACACCUUCCGACAGGACAAGAGGGAUCCUGAUAUUACCUUCUUUGAUCAAAUGAGCCAACCAAUAGUCAUGUACAGAGUGAAGCCUGCUGCCUUUGAUCUGUUCCUGGGAGGCUGCAUUGCUGCUUACCUGGGUAUUGUUUACUACGCAAUCCAGAAUUUCGGUUUUCUCUACACAAAACUAAAAGCAGCAGUUAAAACUAAGCACCACUGAAUCCACUACGACUACGACCACCGACUCCAUGACAAGCGCUUUGAAGUCAGCUCUGCACAUGUUGGACAUUUGCCGGGUGUGCAGCAGGAAGCCUCUUUGCAUGAUCAUAUGGAUCUCAUAUAA